AUGGACAAGGGUGAAGCUCCCAAUCACUUCCCGAAGCCAAAAACGCACCCGAAGAAGACCAUGGUGACUGUGUGGUGGUGUGCCACAGGUGCAAUCCACUUCAGCUUUAUGAAAAAUGGCGAGGCCAUCACCGCAGAGAAGUACUGCAAAGAACUGGAAGAAAUACGUGGAAAAACUCCAACUUCCUUGCCUGGCGUUAUUGAACAGAAAGGGCCCGAUUUUUCUACACGACAAUCCCGGCCACACAUUUCAAAGGUGACGUUACUGGAGCUGAACGAGUUAGGCUACGAGACUCUGCCUCAGCCACCAUAUUCGCCAGACCUUUUGCCAACCGACUACCACGUUUUCGAACACCUGGACAGCUGCCUAAGAGGUAAAAUCUUCCUAAAAUAA